CAGGAGGAAAAGAAGUGGAGCACUGCUGGUCCCACCCAGACUACCUGAAGAGGAGCUGAAGGAGACACCCGGCAGAGGACAGCAGAGAACUCCUCAGGAGACGAGGGAGAGGAGCCCCAGAGAGAUGGAAGGAAAAGGUUCAGAACCUCCUGCGGUUCCUGCCAGAGCUUCAGAGGAGAUGGACAAAAUAAACGGACCUCAGCGAGAGAACAACCAACAGAAACAAUCGGAGGGCGACAAAGAAGAUGAACGGACUGUAGCGAAAGACGACGACAAGAAUCGGCCCGAGAACAAACCGACCAACGUGAAGAAACCGAAGCGACUCAAUCCCUUCAUGCCUCAGGUUAAGGCCAGAGUUAUUCAGAAGGCACAAGACGGAGCAGCAGGCAACUCAGCAGAGAAUGAAGGGUCCAGCAGGUCUUUAUUUGACCGACUGGAAGACUUCCGGAUCGACCCCUCACAGCCUGAAGCCGGUCAGGAUGUGGAAGAUCUCAUGGAGUGGUGGAACAGGGUCGAAUCAUGGGAGGACACGCCUCAAGCAGGGGACAUGACUGAAAAAGAAGAGGCCAAAGCAUUUGCUGUAACGGCGGAGAAAGUUCAGAAGGGCAUCCGUGUUUUCAAUAAGCUGUUCUCAGAGCGCGCUGAGAGCCUCUGGCAACACGUUAUUGACCUAAACGCCAUCGCCGAAAGCCUGGACAAGUUCAACAAGAACACGAAGAUUGCUCAAAUCACUGGUGGCUCUACCAGUGCCAUUGGGGGCGUUGCCACCAUUGCAGGCCUUGCCUUGGCUCCAGUCACCAUGGGAACCUCUCUGAUUGUCACAGCGGUAGGUUUGGGCGUUGCGACAGCAGGUGGUUUGACAUCAGCGGGCGCCGGCAUCUCCAACCAGGUCAACAACUCUAUGGACCGCAAGAAGGUGGAGAAGAUUGUGGAGGACUACCAAGAGAAGAUCACCGACCUCAACAAGUGCCUGAAGUACAUCAAGCAGGGGAUUGAGAACCUGCGCAGGUUUGAUCUGAUCAAGAUGAAAAAACACGCCUACAACCAGGACUUCCCGGCGCUCACAAGUCAGUUCUACGAGGAUGGCGCCAUGGCGGGUAAGGCGAUCCUCGUCAACGCCAACGAGAUCAUGCGAGUGGUUCAGAUUGCCAAUGUGGCAGGCAGCACAGCGGCCAGAGCGGUCCAGAUCGCCAGCAUGGCCACUGGCGUACUCACUGGCCUCUUUGUAGGCAUGGACAUUUACUUUGUGGCUAAAGACUCGAAAGAACUCAAGAAAGGCGCAAAAUCUGAGUUUGCUGCAAAAAUCCGGGAGGUGGCCACACAGCUGCACGAGGGUUUGGUGGAGUUGAACACAAUCCGACAAGAGCUACAGCCCACCGAGCCAGAAAAGAACACGAUCGACAAAACCAAACAUUUAGCCAGUGUAAAGAAAGACACAAUGGACAAAAACAGCAGCUCAGACAAAGAUGAAAUCCACUGCGUUUAAAAAAACAUCAAAAAGGACAUUGAGAGCAAAGAAUACGUUUGCCGCAAACCCAUCGCAGAAUAAACUCAACUUUGUUCUAGAGUUUUAUUGUCCAGACGUCAA